AUGGAGAAGAAACAGAAGAAGUUUCUAACAGUUGCACCCUUCGAAUGCGCAUGGCGUGAUGAUUUGAGAUUUAAAGAAGCUGGAAGAGGGUGUGUCGCAUUUGAAGCAUUUGCUCACAAUGACGUCACUGUAGUUUUCCGAGAACAAUUAGGUAGUCAACACUACCAUUACAAAAGAGACAACAGUCCUCAUUAUACAGUAAUCAUAGGUAGUCAUAGAAACCGAAGGCUAAAGAUUGAAGUAGAUGGAAUCACCACAGUCGAUGAAGCAGGUUUAGGUUUAUGUUGUUCUUCCGCAUUUCAAAGUUAUUGGAUAAGCAUCUGUGAUGGGUUGAUUAGCAUUGGAAAAGGAAGAAAUGUUAAUGUGCUUCCAUUAACGCAAAACCAUAUUUCCCUUUGGAAGCAUGUCGAUUGUGGGGAAUACAAGGGAGAAGACGAUAUGGAAGAAGAUUUGAGGGACGAAUUCGGUAACUUCGAUAAUCAUCAGGGGCUUGGAAGUUUUCUUGAAAUUUGGGAAUUAUCCGAUGUGUAUUUCAUCGUGGGUGACGAGGAAACUCUAGUUCCUGCUCAUAAAGUGAUCCUUGCAGCAGUCGACAAUCUUGAUUUGAGCUUAUUAAAUCAAGAUUUUAUCUCAAUCAAAGAUGUUACUUAUCCAGUUCUUCACGCGUUUCUUCGGUUUAUCUACACAGGCUUUACCCAGAUUCCCGAGUCGCUACUGAGCUCUCUGAGGGAUCUAAGUGUACGAUUUGGAGCAACUUCAUUGGUGAAACAAUGUGAAGAAGUGAUUGAAAGAUUCAAAUUGAAUAAAAAGCUGUUUGAUUCAGGAAAGAACAUAGAGAUAUCAUACCCUAGUUCUCAGCCUCAUUGUAGUGUUGCGUCUUUUCCUUUGGGGCUUCCUGUGAAUGCGCAAAGACUUGAACAAUUUCACACAACAGGCGAGUUUAGUGAUGUCGAUGUUAGCAUUGAAGGCCAUGGUCUUAUUGCUCGAUCUCAUAAAGUCAUUCUUGGUUUGUGGAGUCUCCCGUUUAUGAAGAUGUUCACAAAUGGAAUGAGUGAGAGUGUAUCUUCCGAAAUUUGCUUAAAAGAAGUCUCAUCACCAAAAGCAUUCAAGAUCAUGAUCGACUACUUCUACAAUGGAGGAUUGAACUUAGAAAACACAGUCGAUACCAAUAUCUUGCUACUUGAGCUUCUUCUAUUAGCAGAUCAAUUUGGGGUUUCUCUCCUUCAUCAAGACUGCUGCAAAACGCUUUUAGAGCAGCUUUCAGAGGGAUGGAAUUUCAUUUUCAAGUAGUGGACGAAGGGUUCUGUAUGCCUAAUUCUUCAAGUUAUUCCCUCAAUCCCUUCAUGUAAACUUAUAGAAGAAACAUGUGAAAGGAUAUUCACAAUGCAUUUUGAUUAUUGUACAACGGCUUGUAACGACUUCAUCUUGCUAGAUCAAUCAACUUUCUAUAACAUUUUACAGACUGUGGGCUGCUUCUCUAUAUUUUGAGAAAUGAACAUGUCUUUAUACAAAACAUGGUUUUGCAGCAUCCGGAUUUGACUGUGACUUCUGAAGAGAGAGUUCUUAAUGGGAUCUUGAUGUGGGGCCUACAACCACCGAGUGAAUUAUGUAAUUGGGAAGUUGUUGACAACAUGCUUUCUACUAACACUCCACAAGAUCUUUUUGGGAAAAGGCUUCAAUCUUUAAACAUCUUGUUACCUCUCGUGCGCUUUUCAUUGUUCCCUUUGUUCUUACUCAAAAAGAUGGAAUGUAGCAAUCUAAGCAUGAAAAUCCCGAGUUUUCAUGAUUUGGUGAAAGAGGCAAUUGGGUUUUUGGAAGUGGGAUUGCCUACUUCAGGGAAUAAUCCAAAGUUUCAACAUAGGCAAUCGAGUUUUAAGGAGCUUCAAUACAUACGUGAUGGAGAUAGCAAUGGAGUUGUUUAUUAUGUGGGGACAUCAUAUGGCAAACACCAAUGGGUUAAUCCUGUUCUAGCUAAGAAAAUCAGCAUUACAGCUAGCAAUCCUAUUUCAAGAUACACAGAUCCCAAGGUCUUGGCUUCACGAACCUACCAGGGAACUUCUUUUGCUGGGCCCCGCAUUGAGGAUGGGAAGAACUGUUCAUGGUGGAUGAUUGACCUUGGUCUCGAUCACCAGCUGAUGUGCAACUAUUACACUUUAAGACAAGAUGGAUCAAAGGCUUUUGUGAGAUACUGGAAUUUUCAGGGUUCAUCGGAUGCUAAAAAUUGGACAAAUUUGAGAGUACAUGAGAAUGAUCAAACAAUAAGCAAGCCCGGGCAGUUUGCUUCAUGGGCAGUUACAGGGCCCAAUGCGUUGCUCCCAUUUAGAUACUUCAGGGUUGCUCUAGUGGGGCCCACAACAGACGAUAUCAACCCAUGGACACUUUGCAUUUGCUUCUUGGAACUUUAUGGUUACUUCCACUAAAUUCUCAAAAGCGUCUUUGUAGUUGUAAAUAUUCUUUUUUGCAGUGUUGUUAGUUUAUUUGUAACCGAGAUUAGGCCUCCAUGUAACGUUUGCUCUCCCAUUUUGAUCUUGUGUUGUUGUAUCAAUUCGUGUUCUUGUUUGUUGUGAAUCUUUGAAGAAUAAUAUAUAAUAUGCUUAUGUUGUUGGAUUCCUUCUUCAAGAGCUUUGCAUGCUUUGAGUGAAGGAAACAAAGUUGUUGUUUCUUGAGAAAAUGAAUGUUAGAACAACGGAAUUUGUGUUCAUAUA